AUGAACAGUACAUCUAUGUCUUCAUUGGGAGUGAGAAAAGGUUCAUGGACUGAUGAAGAAGAUUUUCUUCUAAGAAAAUGUAUUGAUAAGUAUGGUGAAGGAAAAUGGCAUCUUGUUCCCAUAAGAGCUGGUCUGAAUAGAUGUCGGAAAAGUUGUAGAUUGAGGUGGCUGAAUUAUCUAAGGCCACAUAUCAAGAGAGGUGACUUUGAACAAGAUGAAGUGGAUCUCAUUUUGAGGCUUCAUAAGCUCUUAGGCAACAGAUGGUCACUUAUUGCUGGUAGACUUCCCGGAAGGACAGCUAACGAUGUGAAAAACUAUUGGAACACUAAUCUUCUAAGGAAGUUAAAUACUACUAAAAUUGUUCCUCGCGAAAAGAUUAACAAUAAGUGUGGAGAAAUUAGUACUAAGAUUGAAAUUAUAAAACCUCAACGACGCAAGUAUUUCUCAAGCACAAUGAAGAAUGUUACAAACAAUAAUGUAAUUUUGGACGAGGAGGAACAUUGCAAGGAAAUAAUAAGUGAGAAACAAACUCCAGAUGCAUCGAUGGACAACGUAGAUCCAUGGUGGAUAAAUUUACUGGAAAAUUGCAAUGACGAUAUUGAAGAAGAUGAAGAGGUUGUAAUUAAUUAUGAAAAAACACUAACAAGUUUGUUACAUGAAGAAAUAUCACCACCAUUAAAUAUUGGUGAAGGUAACUCCAUGCAACAAGGACAAAUAAGUCAUGAAAAUUGGGGUGAAUUUUCUCUUAAUUUACCACCCAUGCAACAAGGAGUACAAAAUGAUGAUUUUUCUGCUGAAAUUGACUUAUGGAAUCUACUUGAUUAA